AUGUACGUUGUGUAUAGAUUCCAGUUAGCUGACCAAGAACUGGAUGAGUUUAGUAAAGCCAAAAUCAAAAUUGUGGAGGGAUGUAAACAGACCUUACUCAGGGAACAAGAACGUUCUGCAUCAGAACGGAGGAACCUCCAGAAUGAGAUAGAGAGAAUGAAGGAGCUCCUGCACACUUACGAGACGUCGAUACAAAGAAAGGACCCGGUCAUCUCUAACCGGACACAGGCCCUGAGUAAACAGGAGGAAAAGCAGGAUGCCAUGAAGACAUUCUCAGAGUGGAAGAUACAGCAUGUUGAUUUGAAAAGGGAGAAAUUUGCAGAGAAGCUGACCCAGAGGUACAAUGAGAGAAGACUUCAACAGAAAGUUUUGGAGGCACGGCACUCUGUGAUAGAGAACGAAUGGCGGGCAAGGGUGGAGAAAGCGUGUCAGGCCAAGGCCCAGGAAAUUUGUAUGCAACUGACCAAUGGUUAUGAGGCUAAAGCAGCAUCUGUAAGAAGUGAAGAACUAGUCCCUCAAUGCGCCCACGAGGAGAUAUGUAAUCUACACAAAGAACGAGAGCAGUUUGAGGAAGCCAUAAAGAAAGCAUUCAUGCGUGGAGUGUGUGCACUCAACCUUGAAGCCAUGACUGUAUUUAACAAAAAUGACCAGAAAGAGAACCGACCAUCUGGAGAUUUUUCAGACUAUUUAGAAAGCAGUCUCCCAGAUAAAGAUUUCAGUGCCCCCAAAAAUCCCCAGGAACCGAUAUUUACUUCUCAUCCAGGUUAUGAGGCCUCUGCACCCAAGGUCAUAACUAGCCAAGGGUCAAGGUCAACCACCCUAUGUAGUAUGGCACAGUCCAAAGCAAAUAUGGCAGCUACGAAGGCAUCUGCUUCACAAAAAGGCAAAAUGGUUUCAGCCAAAGUGACAAGUAAAAUUGACAGUCAUCGACAAAGUUCUGGAUCAAAGGGUAAAGUUAAGACUCCACGUCCAUCCUCAUCUGGAGGGUCACGAUCUGGUGACCUUGGGGUCAAUGGUGUAGCUCCGCCUAUGAGUUCUGUCAUAGUGGAAAGACAUCAACCUGUUACUAAUGAAACUAUUGGAAAAGCUACUGCAGUGAAAUAUCCCUCCAAGAAAACGUCUACAUUGGCUGAUCAUUCACAAGGGGGUGUGUCCCACAGAAAGAUAGCAGGGCAGACUUCAACUGGCCCCGCCCACAUACAGACUGUAAAAGUAGUGGACUGAUAGUGAUAAGUUAAAUAGUGA